AUGUUGCGUUUGGACCUGAGUACACCAUUUGGUAUACCCAACGAGGGCAAUACAUGCUAUAUUAACUCUGUUCUCCAGUGUUUGUUAUCCAACAAGGACUUUGUGUCUUUGGCUUUGGAGCACCAUCAAGUACAACAAUGCUCAAGUAAGUUAACGUUAAUGUUCUGCAGCUGUGAACACCGUCAUUCUUCAUUCACCAGCAAUUUUUCUUGGCAUCCUUAAUAUAGAUAUUGUGAGAUAAUAUUCUCUUGUCAUCCUAAUAUAGGUUCUGGGAUUGAUGACAAUUUACCAUUUUGCGCUUUAUGCGAGAUCGCCAGCAUGGUACUAUCUGGUCUUACUGGAGAAGCAAGAGGAAUCAUGUUCAAGAAUCAAGUUAAUUGUAAGUGAAAUCAUAGUUAUUUGUGACAAAAUAAAAGGUAGAAUGAAGCAAGUAAACAAGAAAACAAAUUGAAGCGCAUAAAGAGAGAAAGAAAGAGACGACUGGUUGUUUGUUUUCAAUAGUCCACUUUGUCUUGGAUUUCGAGGCCUUGGCAACGGAUAUGUUGUCCACUAGAAUUUUAACCCGAAGACAUACAAACGUAUGGGGAAAUUUCGCCUGUUCGAGGCGUUGAGAUUGUGACAAGACAGCAGUAUUAAGCUUGUUGUCAGUAACGGGAAAGUUUCAACGCCGUGAAAGUUUUCUUGGCUGAAAAGCGACGACAAACAGCAACUUAUUACAAUAAAAAGAAUACAUAAAAAAAAAUCACCCGAUUGAACGAUAACUUGAAUCCGAAUAGUUCUAUAAGCGGGAAAAUACGUGCCUCGAGAAUAUAAGCUUUCCCAUGGAGGAGCAGGAUUGUUCAAUGAGUUUAAUGACACACACUGUUCUAACUUAAUAUAGCGUUUGGGUCUUUAAUAUAGGACCACACAGGAGACCACAUCACAACCAGUCGAUGAUAACGGUGCUUUCAAAACACAAAAAAAUUCCCCGAGAAACGCGUCUUUGCCGAUAAAUUUUUGAAUCCCUAUCUAUACCACAGUUUUCAGUUCUCCUUUCAAAGCGUCUUUUUUAUCUAUGGACAACACAAGCCGUACUCAAGAGCUAUCGUAUAAAAAUUCAUGUUUGUCAAUGAUUUCACAUCUGAUCAUUUCAGGCCACAAAACAGCACUUUCAUCAAUGGUGGCACCCGAGAAACUGAUUUGGAAAUCGAAAUUUCAAAAACUUGCCGGACAUCUUUGCUUACCUUUGCUAGGGCAACGCGCGUGAAGCCUAGAACUGUAAAAUGCGCGCAAGUCUUGUCUUUUUUACAUAAAAAUCGCUGUUCAACCUAUCCAAUGAAUGAGCAAACACAAGAAAAGACAGCAAAAUCCUGUUUUAUUCAAAUAUCCGUUAGUUUAUCCUAAAAGCAAAACGUGUACCGUUGGUGCAUCAAGGAACUGUCUUCGCAAAAACAAAAUUCAUGAAAUUUAGCACGUUUUAUAAACAUUUCUCAAAAAUUAAUGAAAAAAAAAAGAAAGAAAAAGUCAAUCACAAAUUUAUAUCAACAGAAAUUCCCAUCGAAAAGUCUUAUUUCAUUUACCGUGAUGUCCCUCGGCUGCUUGAAAAUCCUUUAAAACUCCGCUUCUUCGGCUCUGGCGUCCGAAGGCAGAAAUAUCGCCCUACUUUGAUUUAAACAUGAAGUUCCUCGAAGGAAGAUUUCAUCGCUUUAAGCUCUUCUUUCCCAACAUGCCGGCAACUGAGUAUUCUUUGUAACUUUUUCAUGCCAUUUUAAAUACUUGAAAUGUGUGUUAUAACUCCGAUAAUACAAAAAUACGAUUUUGAAAACGAAGUACAUUACGAGCGCGGCAACCAUAAUUUUGAGUUAAAAUUUGAUUUCAUAUCUGAGUAAAAUUUUCAGCGCUUUGACCACGCGCGAGUUUAUGACGUAGUUCAGAAAUUGCUUGUUCAUUGGCCAAUAUGUUUUACGUCACCGCCGUGGAAAAAUCCACUGGUAAAUUUCCCGCGCUGCAAGUGGGAAAAGUCCCUUCCAACGAAGAACCUGACUAUAUGGAAAACGAGUAUUGGAAGGGACUUUGAGAAAAUCUAACUGUUCCGCUACAGCCUAUCAGUAUCUCUGUAUUUUGCGAGUUUACUCGCAGUUUUGGUGUCGUAACGGUGGACGGCUGAAGGAGCCAGCCAUGCCAGUCGACAUCCGACUUUUAGAAUUAAAGGACUGAAGUGAGGUUGAAAUCGUACUGCUGACCUAUAGCCAGUUCUCAGAAAUGCUGUGUUGAAUAGUAACCACAGUUGCAUUCGUAUGAAUAUCAAAACAAAUGUUUCAUGCUACAUUCAAUAACACCAUACGCCUAUCAGCGAAAGUACUCCCUAGCUCCAAACACAAUUUAACCGCAAAAUAAACUCUGAGGAACCGAAAACCAUUGCUCUUUGAAUCGUAUUAAAUUAAUUAGACUUUUUUCUGUCACGGUGAUAGAGAAAUCAAAAUCAAAAUCACGGGCUGAGAAAUUUACUCAGUGAUUGGAGCAUUCAGCGACUACUACUGAUCCUGCAUUACGACGGGUCUGGAAAGUGUAAAUAUCAAAUGUUAGUAUGACAGCUACAACAGAGAAAUUUUAAAUUUGGAUCUAUUACAGAAAGGAAAGCAUUUCUCGGGUACGUACUUGAGGCAGCACUAUUCUAAAGCCGGACUAUAUUGUUUUUUGCGACGAGCGUGCAGGGCCUGUUAUCUUUUACAGCGAUUUUUUUUUAUCUCGUCUCUGACCCUUAGCGCGAACGCGGACCUUUCCGUGACGAUUUCUAUACUUUUGGUCACGCGUUACGUGUAAUGUAACACUGAAGUUCUCGUGUGUCCUUUUCAAAGUGUUUUGACCAAGUUUGAAGCGCAACGGCAUUUCGGUGAAGGGUUAUAAGGAAACAGGUAUUACACAUUUUUAGUAAGAAACGGAUCGAGCGGCCAUCUUGGUAUCAAGAAUAUUUUUUCGAUUCCAUGAGCACAAAUUUUGUUCAGAUUUCCUUUUUUUACUGAAAAAAAAAAAAAAAGUUGAAUUGUGAUUCAGUACACAAUACAAUACAAUGUAUACCAUACAAUAUGUACCAUUUUUAUCAAAUAAAAAAAAAUAACAGAAAUUCUAGGGAAUGAUAGAGAAAACAAAAGCCAUUAACGUGUCAGUGAGUUAACUGUGGCGGAAAACAUGGCGACUUCAUAGCUAUGCUCAGGCUCACAGAGUUAAUAAGCUGCGAAGCCACAUUUUACGAAACAGGUAUCCGCACACCUUGUUAGAAACAGUUUUGUAGGAUGCAUAUUUAGGAUCUUUGAAUUUUAUGAUGUUAUGUGCAAUCGUAUUUUAAUCAACAUGUAAUGUUACCAUACAGGUUUGUCCAACACUCUUUCUGCCGGCCGUCAAGAAGACGCCCAUGAGUUAUUGCUAGGAAUUUUGAACAACAUUGACAUGGCCAGGGGGUAAGUGUUCGUCUUAUAGUAGAUGAUGUCUUUUUAAAAGUAGACAAAGGGUUGACACAAUUCCUGAUUGAGAUUUCAGUAUAAUCAUCUGCUCCUUUUUUUCAGAACUGAAGCAAUUACGUCUUUGUUUACCGGAAAUAUAACCUCUGAAGGUGAGUUCGGUACAUUAUAUUAAUUCCAGCAACCAAAGAUUUAUAUAAGUAUAUUGUUUUAAAAAUUUCAUAAUUUUGAAGCGGGAACUAACUAAUCCGCAUUUUCUUUGUAUGCAGUGGAGUGUCUAAACUGUGGUGGUGUUUCUGGACGCCUGGAUAACAUGGUCGAUUUAUCAUUAGAGAUUAAGGUAAUUCUUUUAAGAUUGUUUAGUUUAUCGCCCGCUUAACUGAUUAAGUUGUGACUUGAUGUAACUUUUGCGACAUGGUUUUGUUUUUACAGGAACAUGUGGUAGCUUCACUGGCAACGUUCUUUAAAGAUGAAAUUUUAAGCGGGGCGCACAGCUACAAAUGCAGCAGGUAAUGUUUUGGAACAUUACAAUAUGUUUUGCAUUGUAAUGUUUUGCUUAUGAGUAUCGCUCUUUUUUGUUUUGCAUGGUUGUCUCCUUUUGCUGCCCAAAGAUGCCAGCAAGAUGUCCCAGCGAAACAAAAAAAGAGGCUAACAAAAGCACCAGAAAUUUUGGUUGUUCACUUAAUGAGGUGUGUACUGACGAUACAAUGAAAAGUAACUCUUAUUAAAGAAUUGACAAGCGCACACAGGUGCAUAAUCCCCAGUGCAUGAUACAAUCCCCAGUAAGCAGUUUACAAUGGCGAAAACCGUGUAAAACCUGGAGGAUACAAAAGAGAAGUGUUAAUCGUCGUAUCGAACAAAGAGAAAUACUUCAGUCACUGAAAAAAGCUGUAAAAGCUGUAAAGGGCACAAGAACAUAACACAAAUAGUGUCAAUUGUUAUAUAAUCCUGUUCUUAACUUAGUCAUUGUAAAUUGAAAAGCAAAACUGAUAAAAUCAGUUCCUUUCGUUUUCCAACAUAUUCCCCUUUUAGAUACCGUAAUGGAAUGCCAACGAAAGACGCGAGGGCUAUCACAAUUCAACAGAGAAUAACAAACAAAUCUCUUCAGGUAAUGUACAAAUUACACAUAACUACGGAUUAAUGUCCGAAGGAGAGUUUCUGGGCUGCUUUGUUUAUCCAUUGGUAUACAUAAAUAACCAUUAUGUCGGAUGCUUAUACUUACACCUGUCAUUUUUUCCCUUUAUGGAAGGUGUGUUUCGACCUAUUUGGUGUAGUUUGUCACAAAGGAAAUUUGGCGACAAGUGGUCAUUACGUGGCAUACGUCAAAAGAGACGGCUGGUUCCUUGUAGAUGAUCAAAAUGUUAGUCUGUAGUUUUAAUACAUACAGUUUUAGAAUUGUUUUCUGUAAUUCUAUGGGUUGGAAUCAUCAAACACGUAAUGAACAGAUAGAGCCAAAAAAAAUUAAACAAUUUUUUUUUAGAGAAGAGUACGACAGUAUAAAACAUCACAAAGUGUACUUUUACCCCUUCUACAUUUGCUGCACGCCCAAACCAUAUCAUGGACAUUAACGAUAUUUUUAUGUUUAAUGUUGGUAAAGGAGAGGAAGGGGUUAAUGUUCGCAAGGAAAUUUAAACCUUGCUGCAGCAUCUCACAAGGACAACAACUCACUUCGCUGAAAUUAACAUUGAAAAAAAAAAAAAAACCUUUUAUAGAAUAUAACUUUGUUCUAUGAUCGAUAUUGCAUUUUUCAGAUUGAAGCUGUGGAAAUUGACGAAGUACUACAAAACAGCAAAGAUUCGUAUAUUCUCUUUUAUGAGAAAUCGUCCGCUGCGGAAUCGUCUUCACAGAAUCCAUGCAAAGAUAAUAAAGGUACUAAAAGUACUUCAUAUGCGUAAGAACACCCAAGGGGAAACAUUUUCAAACCGUUGUCUUGAUUUACGCUUGGGGAAAAUUACACGAUCAAAUUUAACUAUCAGUAACUAACAUGAACUUUACAUUCUCGUACUUAUACGUGGAAGUGACUUGCUUAAAAUACUGAUAUAAAAAUGAGUUAGUUCUAUCGAUCAAUAUUUUAAUCAAACCCUCUCCUACUGAUCUCUAUUAGAAAUCAAAGAUAACAAACACCACGAACAUGAUGACACGACCUCCCAAGCAAACAUAAAAGGUCCAGAGAUAUCAACAUUCGUGCCAAAGCACAUGGAAAAUAUUUCUACGGAGUCUCUGCGUCGUUUUCAGCAGUGGAAGACGGGCUUACAGUACGAGGAAUGCUGGUUAAAUGACGAGGUGAGCACGAGCAUCAUUUGAGUAUGAGUUACCUGUAGCAAAGAACGACGCUAGCCUAAUGAAGGAUUGCUCUCUUUGGUUUAAAUAUAGUUGAUAUUUAUUUAGAUAGUGCUCACACUUGUUUCUUUCGGUUCUUUAAUUUUUGAGCAAAGAACUAGCUUUACAAGAACAUACAGGCACUUGCAAUUAACAAACAAGAGCCACAGACCAAGGCCGGAGUUUUAAUGAUAUUGAUCCUUACUUUUAGGGGAUCAACACAUACAACGCCAUUCUCGCCAGAAAGUUUGACAAGAUGGUAAGCAUUGCAAGUAAUUAUGAAAUGAAUGACUUAUACGACACAUGCGUCUCAUGGCGCAUCGGACGUCAGCUUGUUACAGUGUCUCAAAAAGUGUACAAAACAGUUAUGUUUUAAUACAAAGGAUGGAUAUCGAUGUAUAGGAUGUUAUCAAGCGGGUUUGUGUUGUUCUAUAAAAUUUUGUCUAUAACUAUAAAUCUACCUGCAUUUUAUCACAAACGCUGUCUUCCGACUUGGAUAUUUGUCUCGUAGCAGAAAGAAAGAUCAAACAGACAUACUUUUUAUUUCCCGGCUUUCUUUUUAGGGACAAUCCGUUCACAUCUUCAACUCUUUCUUUUUCCCACGAUGGGAAAAAUUCCACACAAGUUCGCCGGAAAGAGUACUUCAAUCUUUAUGCAAG